AUGUCUCCUUCCGCCGAUACCAAUGGUACUAGCACCAUGCCAGAAUCUACUGCACCUGCGCCCCAGGAGGCUGAGCGGCAUUCAAACCCAUACCAGCCUGUAGGAGACUUCCUCUCCAACGUCUCUCGCUUCAAGAUCAUCGAGUCCACUCUUCGCGAGGGAGAGCAGUUCGCAAAUGCCUUCUUCGAUACGGAAAUGAAGAUCAAGAUUGCUAAGGCCCUCGAUGACUUUGGCGUCGACUACAUUGAGUUGACUUCGCCCGCCGCAUCAGAGCAAUCGCGCAAGGAUUGCGAGGCUAUCUGCAAGCUAGGACUCAAGGCCAAGAUCUUGACCCACAUCCGGUGUACUAUGGACGAUGCUCGGAUCGCGGUUGAGACUGGUGUGGAUGGCUUGGACGUCGUCAUCGGAACCUCGCAUUUCCUUCGCGAGUUCUCGCACGGAAAGGACAUGGCUUACAUUACCAAGUCCGCCAUUGAGGUUAUCAACUUCAUCAAGUCCAAGGGCCUCGAGGUCCGCUUCUCGUCCGAGGACUCCUUCCGCUCGGAUCUUGUCGAUCUUCUCUCUCUGUACCGGGCCGUCGACAAGAUUGGCGUCAACCGUGUUGGUAUUGCUGACACCGUUGGUUGUGCCACUCCUCGCCAAGUCUAUGACUUGGUGCGGACCUUGAGAGGUGUUGUCUCGUGCGAUAUCGAGGUUCAUAUGCACGAUGACACAGGAUGUGCCAUCGCCAAUGCCUAUUGUGCCCUCGAGGCUGGCGCGACCCACGUCGACACCUCGGUACUUGGAAUUGGAGAGCGAAACGGGAUUACUCCCCUUGGCGGCCUCAUGGCUCGCAUGAUAGUUUGCGAUCGCGAAUACGUCACCAAGAAGUACAAGCUCCAUAAGCUGAAGGAGAUCGAGGAUAUGGUUGCCGAGGCGGUUGAGGUUAACACGCCGUUCAACAACCCCAUCACUGGCUUCUGCGCUUUCACCCACAAGGCCGGCAUCCACGCCAAGGCGAUCCUCAACAACCCCAGUACCUACGAGAUCAUCAAUCCUGCCGACUUCGGCAUGACUCGCUACGUGCACUUCGCGUCCCGCCUGACGGGCUGGAAUGCGGUCAAGACCCGAGUGGGCCAGCUCGGUCUCUCCAUGACUGAUGACCAGGUCAAGCUUGUAACGACCAAGAUCAAGGCGUUGGCUGACGUCCGGCCCAUCGCUAUUGACGAUGCCGACUCGAUCAUUCGAAGCUUCCACCUGACCCUGGAGGAUAAUCCGAGCACGGCUGAGAAGGGCACGGCUGACAAUGCCCCGGCUACUGAUGCCACGGCUACUGAUGCCACGGUUGCUAAUGGCACGGCUUAG